CACAUCCUGAUAUAGGUGUUGGGCGGCAACGCGGCCGCGCCACAGUGCUCGGAGCACGCGUCUGGUCAGGACGGGACUGAGCCGUGCUGUGAGGAGUCUCCUCGCAGCCAACUCGUUCGUCGCUGAUCCGAAGCAUUUCCGAGAGCUCUUUUUAAAGCAAGAUCCCUCGAGGCCAGACCACGGGAGUUGGUGACCCAGAGCUUUUCUGAGGCAUCCCCGCUCCCUGUGGGCGUGGCCCUCGAGGCCAGGCCACGGGCCUUGGUGACCCGGAGCUUUUCUGGGCAUCACCAGUGCCUGUGGAAGGUGCCCUCGAGGCCAGACCACGGGACUUGGUCACCUGCAGUCCCUGUGGAAGGUGCCCUCGAGGCCAGACCACUCGACUUUGUGUUCCGGAGUUCUUCCUGGGCAUUCCCACUCCCUGGGGAAGGUGCCCUUGAAGACACUCUGUGAGACUUGGAGACCAGGGUCUUUUCCGAGGCGUCUCUCGUACUCACGAGGUCAACGUGUGGGAUGGCGGGGAGACGCUCCGGCCUGCGCAGGCUGCUCAGGCUGAAGAGGACGAGAGAAGGCCCUGGGGCUGCCCCAGCACAGCAGUCUGAGGAUAUGCAGCACUUCCAGGCCCUGCAGCAGGAUCCAGGCCAGAACCGGACAGAGGAGCAGGACCGCCCCCAUGGCCGUUUCCGCAGAGCAGUUCAGAGGUUUCUGAAAUUCAUGGGAAUUCGGCGCAGAACACCCAGGACCACACCACCUGAGGUUCUGGCAGAGCCUGACACCAGGACAACCGAGAUCAAGGAGAAGCCUGAUGUCAGCACUGCACCGAUUGACAGCACGGAAACCUCUGACACUGCUGUGACCAAGGACACGGCCAACCCUGACACCGCACUGGCCGAUCUCACUGCGAAGGAUGACAUCGAACUGACUCAUUGCACAGCAAAGCCUGACACCGCUUUGGCUGAUGACACAAUCGGCUCUGACACUGCAGCCACUGAUGUCAUGGCCAAGGCUGACGUGGUGCCGAUGCUGAUCGAUGGCACAUCAAACUCUGACAGGACACCAAUGGAGGGCACAGCAAAGCCUGACACGGCUUUGGCUGAUGACAGAACCAGCUCCGACACUGAUAUCGUGGCACGGGCUGACACCACACCGAUGCCGACUGAUGGCACAUCAAGCUCAGCCACGGCACCAAUGGAUGACACAGCACAGCCUGAGACUGCGUUGACCCAUGACACAAUCAACGCUGAAACCGAACCAACUGAUCUCAUGGCAGAGGGUGACGCCACGACUGAAGGCAUUGGAAACGAUGACACCACCCCCACUCAGAGUGUCACCAAUGCUCCCAAUCUGGACUUUUUCCAGGAGAAAGGUGUCUUCAGUCGGAAGCAAGUGCCGGCCAUCGUGAGGUACAUCCACCAGUGCCUCACAUCCCAGGUGUCUCCAGAUGUCAGGCAGCACAUUGACAUCCGCAGCCUCGCUGAGGCACACCCCUGUGAUGCGGUGACAACUCUCCUGCACUGUGCCCCAGCGUGUGACAGAGCUGCUGCAGUGAUGUGGAGCAGCAUCGCCUCCUCGGGAACAACAGCGGAGAAGGUGCUGCCAACGCUGCUCCGAGCGAUGGAGGACUGGCCAGUGCACAGCGUGUCCACCUCUGAUGGCGACGACACAGACAUCUUUGCCCUGGCUGCAACCCUGGCACUCUGGCUGAUCAUCCAGGAGCCCAAGUGCCAAGAGGCCCUGAUAAGUUAUGCCCCACAGCUUCUAGUGGCUCUGCUUUUCCAAAUUUUUAUGAGCACAGAGCAGAUGCCAGAGGACGUCAACACUUUCUGGAGGGCAUGCCAGGAGGAACAUGGCCUUCCCAGCAACCCCAACAGGUUUGCAGUACAGACCCUGAAGGCCCUGCUCUGCCACCUGCGCUGGGAGAAUGAGGUGUUGGCCAUUGAACGGAAGUGUGGCUGGGAGACACUGCUGUGCUGUGACACCCACCACUAUGCAGUGGGGCUGCUGGCCAGGGAGCUGCGCAGUGUCUUGGUCCCCUUCCAUUCCCAGAUGGCAAUCCACCUGCUUGGGCUGCUCAGCAGGGACCAGCCUCGCUGGGAGCUCCCUGCCCUGGCCUUCCUUGUGGAGCUCCUGGACUAUCUGGAUGGAAGAGAGUGUCAUGACAGGGUCCUGCCCAUCCUGUCAAGGAACCUGCAGAGCCAGUGCCCCGACAGGCGUCGCCUGGCACUCAGAGGCCUCCUGGUUCUCAGUGUGGAUCCCUCGAUGGCCGAAAGCAUCUGCAGCCUGGCUGAAAGCCUCCUGGAGCUGCUGCAUCAUCAAGACGGAGAGCUGGUCGGAAUGACCCUCUCUGUGUUCCUCAAUGUGCUCCGGGACGAAGACCUUCAGGCAUUCAGCUCCGCUGCCCCAAAGCUGGCUGAGGCACUUCGGCCUCUCUUUCACAAUGACAACAGCCACGUGCAGCUGCUCUCCAUUUGCCUCUUCCGAGAGCUGAUGGAAUUGGUAGCAGAAGAGGGAAAGACGGAUGUGCACCAGAGCCUGGUCCCAUUCUUCCGCUGGGAUGAUGAGAACCAGUGCAUGGCAGAGGUGCCAGCCAUCGUGAGGUACAUCCACCAGUGCCUCACCUUCCACGUGUCUCCAGAUGUCAGGCAGCACGUUGACAUCCGCAGCCUCGCUGACACAAACCCUCAUGAGGUUGUGAUGACUCUCCUGCACUGUGCCCCAGCGUGUGACAGAGCUGCUGCAGUGAUGUGGAGCAGCAUCGCCUCCUCGGGAACAACAGUGGAGAAGGUGCUGCCAACACUGCUCGAAGUUAUGGAGGACUGGCCAGUGCACAGCGUGUCCACUUGUGAUGGCGAUGACACAGACAUCUUUGCCCUGGCUGCAACCCUGGCACUCUGGCUGAUCAUCCAGGAGCCCGAGUGCCAAGAUGCUGUAAUCAAUUAUGCCCCCCAUCUUCUAGUGGCUCUGCUCUUCCAAAUUUUCAUGAGCACAGAGCAGAUGCCAGAGGAUGUCAGCACUUUCUGGAGGGGAUGCCAGGAGCAAUAUGGCCUUCCCAGCAACCCCAACAGGUUUGCAGUACAGACCCUGAAGGCCCUGCUCUGCCGCCUGCGCUGGGAGAAUGAGGUGUUGGCCAUUGAACGGAAGUGUGGCUGGGAGACACUGCUGUGCUGUGACACCCACCACUAUGCAGUGGGGCUGCUGGCCAGGGAGCUGCGCAGUGUCUUGGUCCCCUUCCAUUCCCAGAUGACAAUCCACCUGCUUGGGCUGCUCAGCAGGGACCAGCCUCGCUGGGAGCUCCCUGCCCUGGCCUUCCUUGUGGAGCUCCUGGACUAUCUGGAUGGAAGAGAGUGUCAUGACAGGGUCCUGCCCAUCCUGUCAAGGAACCUGCAGAGCCAGUGCCCAGACAGGCGUCGCCUGGCACUCAGAGGCCUCCUGUUUCUCAGUGUGGAUCCCUCAAUGGCCGAAAGCAUCUGCAGCCUGGCUGGAAGCCUCCUGGAGCUGCUGCAUCAUGAAGAUGGAGAGCUGGUCGGGAUGACCCUCUCUGUGUUCCUCAAUGUGCUCCGGGACGAAGACCUUCAGGCGUUCAGCUCCGCUGCCCCAAAGCUGGCUGAGUCACUUCGGCCACUCUUUGACAAUGACAACAGCCACGUGCAGCUGCUCUCCAUUCGUCUCUUCCGAGAAAUGAUGGAGUUUCUGGCAGAAGAGGGACAAAAGACACUUGUGCGGCAGAGCCUGGUGCCGCUGUUCUUCCACUGCCUUGACGAGAACCAGUGCGUGGCAGAGGCCUCUCGGAAAACACUCCUUUGUGCUGCAAGUUUCCUCAAGAGAAGGGAUCUUGAGCAGCUGCUGAGGAAACAGCAGCACUUUGAGUUCUGCGAUUGCCUGAUGGACAAGGAUGUCAGCCGAAGGGACGAGCACCUGCGCCAGGCCCUGCCCUACCUGCAGAGCCCACAGCAGCCCCUGCGAGAGGCGGCCAUCAAGUUCAUGGGAGUCGCCGCCUGGCACAUGAAAGACCUGCAGCCCAUCAUGAAGGCCCUUGAAGUCAUGACUGAAGAUGACUGCCCCUCCUACUCCACCAUGCGGACUGCAGCCUUGUCCGCUUUUCGACGGGCAGUAACAAAGUAAUCCUCUCCACCGACACAACCACCGUCCCUCCAACAGCACCGAAAGACCAAGGGACGAGUCAGCUUCUCAGCACAGCUGGAGCUGCAGCUGAUGCUGGGUCCAACUGAGCCAGCCAGCAAAACCAGGCAGCUCCUGGCCUCCCCAUCCCUAUGGACAGCUCCCUCCCUUCCCUUCUCCUGCCCACACUUCAUCCCUCCCCUUCCCCUUAGGUUAA